AUGACCAGUAUUGACAAUUAUUUUGGAGAGUUUCUGGACAAUGAAGAUAAUGAACAAGAACAGAAUAGUAAACCUCUACAAGACAUGCGUUCUGGUGUAAUAUUUUUAAUUGAUUGUACGCCGACAAUGCUUGGAUUACAUGGUUCAUUCGAUUUAAAUAGUAGUAAUACAUCAUCAGUAAAAAGUGGAUUUGAUUUAAGUUUGUUAUGUUGUCAAACAUUUCAACAGAAUAAAGCACUUCAUAGUCCUUUUGAUAUGAUCGGGCUUGUUUUAAUGCGUACAAAUGAGUCAUCUGUUGACAUGAAGAAUAUUAUGGUUUUACAGCCUUUAGGUUUGGCUGAUUCUACACGUAUAUUAGAAAUUGAAAAGUUGAGGCAGUUAAAACCCGAUGAAUUGGAGAAACGAUAUGGUACUAUUGCAAAUCAACCUAAUAUUACUUUUCCUCUACACGAAGCAUUGUGGGUUUGUCAAAAUCAAUUUAUCACCUGUUCAAAGACAUUUGGUAUCAAACACAUCUUUUUGUUAACUGACGAUCCUGAUCCAGUAAAUAAAAAUGCAAAUUUGAAACGUAGAGCAAUUGCUAAGAUGGCCGAUAUGAAACAAUAUGGAAUUGAACUUGAAGUUAUUCCGAUUAAACAACAAAAUACAAAAUUUGAUUAUGAAUUAUUUUAUGAUGAGUUACUAGAAGAUGAAUUAAUGUAUCCUGAUCUAGACAAAUCUUCUUAUCAUCCUGAUCCAACUGAACGUCUUGAUGAAUUAUUAAGCCGUAUUAACUCACAUGAAUUACGUCGAUCACGUUUAGCUCGUUUACCUUUUCAUCUUGGAUCAUCGAAAAAUCUCACUUUAGGUGUUUCAGUAUAUUGUUUAGUUUAUCCAACACGUAUCCCCUCUCCAAUAUGGCUUUCAUCUUCAGAUAAUAAAACUGUACGUGUUCAUAGAGAUUAUUAUAAAAUUAUAGAUCCAUAUGGAUCUUUUGAUCCAGUUAAAGAUUUAUUACCAUCCCAUGAUUUAGUACGUGGCAUAAAACUUGAUGGUCGUUAUAUAUGCUUUGAUAAAGAUGAAUUAACUGAAGCUGUGCGUAAUAUUGCUCCUGUCGGUUUACACCUAUUAGGUUUUAUAUCACAGAAAUUUUUAAAACGAUAUUAUUACAUUCGUCCAGCACAUUUUAUUUAUCCUGAUGAAAAAUCAAUUCAUGGGAGUCGUUUAUGGUUUACCGCUUUAUUAAAUCGAUGUUUACAUCGAAAAUUAUUAGCCAUAGCUAUAUAUGUUCAACGUAAAGGUCAAUUUCCUCGUCUUGUUGCACUACUUCCUCAGGCCGAACAGAUAAACGAUGAUGAUGAUGACGGUGACAGUGCUAAUAGAACUCAAACAAUACCACCCGGAUUUCAUAUUAUAUUUUUACCUUACGCUGAUGAUUUUCGUGAUAUUGAAAUUCCAACGAAUGAAAUAGCUAACGAAUCUCAAGUGGAUAUUGCUAAGGCCAUGAUACGUAAACUUAUGGUACCAUUUACUCCUGGACAAAUUGAAAAUCCAACAUUACAACGGUUUUAUUCACUUCUUGAAGCAUUAGCUCUUAAUCGUGAAACUCAGUCGGAAGUUGUUGAUCAUACAUUACCUAAAUUUGGAGCUAUCAAAAGAAGAGCCAGUGAAGAAAUUACAGCAUUCAAAGAAUGUUUCAAUUUAAAUAACGAGAAUAUAUUCAAAAAACCUCGUCCUACACAAUCCACUUGUAAUCAAGAAGCAAAAUGUUGUUUAUCUGAGAUAGAAUGUAAAGAAGCUGUUCAAUCAGAUAGUCUACACAAAUAUACAAUACCUGUAUUACGUGAAACAAUCAAAUCACUUGGUCUCAAAAUAUCAGCCAGUAAAAAAUCAGAUAUUAUUCAAAAAAUCAUGAACCAUUUUUCAAAAAACUAA